AUGAGCCUUUCAUGUCCGUACAGCCACAUCCCAUACUCCACAUGGCGUCUGGACGUGUUCCGGACCUUGUUCCAAUCGCCCAAGAAGGCUCAUCGCAGAACCUACGCCUGUAGCGGACGGCCGAACCAUUCAACCUGCAGACGCAGUUACAGCGAUUCACAGUCUCCUGCUCCGAGAGACCGUGUCCUUGACGCUCCAAAUGAUGCGCAUACGAGAUCAUCAACCGCAAGCGAGAAGAGCGGCGAAGAUGCAGGACCGACGCCGCCUUUCAAUCCCUACAGUGUUGCCGGACUACAAACGGUCAAGGACUUGCUCGCAGAGCUCCAGGCAGUGAGCAAAAAGGUUCAUCACGGCAAUGCAGACAAGAAGAGUGGGACGGACUUCAAAUCGGUCGUUAUCGAACCUCCAGCAGAGCCAGGAAGGAAAAGGAAGACGUACAAGAGGAUCUCCCUUGACGCGUCGACGGAACCCGGACCAUCAAUAUCCAAGUCGCCAGUCGUGCGCUGGGUUGAGAAGGCAGAGAGGCGGCGGACACAAGAGAAAAUCCACCCUUCGUAUCACCACAUUAGAGGGUUGAAGAAUAACCCUUGGGCAGAGAUCCUGGCAAGCCCCAUCCGGGCAUGUCAAGGCAGCGGUGCAAGGCUGCCGGUGGACCUAUUGCUGGACCUUGCAUAUGUCAAAAACCCCAAAGAUGAAAAGGUAUACCUUUUGCCGGCAAGGCUCGCGGACCUGGAUGCUCUGGACGCAAAAAUGGCGACCGAGUUAAGGGCAAGCCUGCGACAUCCUCCGCCAGUCGCACCUCAACUGGAGCAAUGCAGCAAGGAAGACGAAAGUACUGGGAAGGACAAUACAGCUGAAACUACUUCCCAGGACGAUACACCCUCGGGUUUGCGAAGACCUCCCCUGCCACAGAGUCGCCUGUUCUUCAACCACACCUUUCUCACUCACCUAAGCGACACAGUAACCCAGCCGGUGAAAAAAAAGACAUCCAAGUUCCCCCCACCCACGGGUCGCGAGAGUGUACCAGGCGAGGUCAGCAAACUCGUCCACUUCGAAGCCCGCGAGGCCUUUUCAACGGCACAGCACUACCUACAGAACAAACGCCGUUUUGUCAGCGGCCACUCCGGAACGAGUGACACCCCCUCCACUGACCUAGGAAGUUUCAACCUGAACAAACUACAAUGGCAAGUUGAGCUGCCGUCACGCGUCGUGACCAUCAUGCGACAACGUAUUCUGGUCGCCAUGAGCGCGCUUGCAGAAUCUGAGUCUGCCGCAAAAAUCCAAGGCCUGCCCGAGAGACCCUCAGGCGUCGUGCCACUCCCCUUCCCAAAGAACGGUCUGCUGAACGGCGACGAGCUACGACUCCAGUGGUCCACAGCUGCAGUGAACCACUCGACCACCACGGAGAUAGCUAACCCUACCUCCAAGAUCCGAAGAGUUGGAAGCAAGUCGCGAGCCGCAGAGGACACCACAGCAGGCGAAGCCAUCUCCUCGACCAGCGGGUCUCCCAGCGAGCACGCUCCAUCCCUUCCUGCUGCGCCCACGGAAAUGACCUACCAGCGCCUCGGCCACCACGAAUGGCUCCCAGGAAGUAUAUUCCUGCACAUCGGCGCCGGUGACCUUUCUUCCCUGGUGUCGAGCUCGUUGUCCUCGUCCUCAUCGUCAUCAUCAUCACUCCCCGCCUUACCGACAGACAAUCCUCUCAUCCCACCGAUGCUCCCCGUAACGGACACGUACCGUUUCCCCGUCUUCUCCCUCGACCGUCUCUUCUCUCACACGCCCGUGCCCCCAACCAGGCAGCACACGGACGAAUUGAACGAGCUACUCUCCCGCCCGAUCUUCCGGCCCGCGCAACCCCAUAGCGAAACCGACAGCUUACUAUUCGUCCGUUCACUGCAAGGUCCCGCCCGGGCGGUGAUCGAGGAAGUGUGGCGCCUGUGGCGAUAUCUAGGCGGCCAGAACAUGCACGUGUCGUUCUUCGCGGGGGACGAUAUGUGA